CCCACCCGGCUCCGCAGCUCCUCCUCCACCGCUAACCAGCUAGCCGUGGCUGCAAAACGCAACCACAAGUCCGGCUGGGAUUAAAGAGAAGCUCCGCUGGAUGAGCCCACUGCCAGAACCCAGCAGAACCUCCUGGCCGUGCGGGACUCUCCGGUUCUGGGUGACACGGAGCGAUGGACAGCUAGCGGGCAGACGGCAGCUAGCUGCGGCGAGAGCUAGCUAACGAUCCGGCUAGCUCCGGCAGCCGGGGCGACGAGCACCGAACUCGGCUUUUUUUUCGCCCGUUUUGACGUCUGUUUUCGUGCCAUGCCAUCAAACUUUCAACCGAGCUAGGAGGCCGAUGGGUCCAGCAGAGUGAGGAGCUCCGAGCCGAGCCGGGAGCAGCAGCAGCGUCUUGGUGCCGCUCCGAUCCAGUGGACCGUGCGUGGGUUCGGUGAGCGGAGGAUGGCCUUCCACGGAGCAGGCCGGCAGACCGUGUGUGGAGAUCUGUUCCCGGGCUCCGAGCUGGGCCACAAGUACUUCUGUGUCAACUCCUCCUGCGGAGCUCCAUCCACGGGCCUCAGCGCCACGCCGUGCCUGACCGGACCCACCGCCCCGGCCGGGACCCCCCGUCACCCCACGGCUCUCGGAGGCAGCGCCGGCGGCGGAGCGGCGGUGCCUCAGCCCUACAGCAACCCGGCCAGCGAGGUGCCGAGUCCCGCAGAGAUGGAGCCGGACCGGCCCAUCGGUUAUGGCGCAUUUGGAGUCGUCUGGUCGGUGACUGAUCCUCGCGACGGGCGGAAGGUGGCUCUGAAGAAGAUGCCGAACGUCUUUCAGAACCUGGUGUCCUGUAAGAGGGUCUUCAGAGAGCUGAGGAUGCUGUGCUUCUUCAAACACGACAAUGUUCUGUCGGCUCUGGACAUCCUGCAGCCUCCACAGAUCGACUGCUUCGAGGAGAUAUACGUGAUCACGGAGCUGAUGCAGAGCGACCUCCACAAAGUGAUCGUGUCUCCUCAGCCUCUAACCACCGACCACAUCAAGGUCUUCCUCUACCAGAUCCUCAGAGGUUUGAAGUAUCUUCACUCUGCUGGGAUUCUGCACAGAGACAUUAAACCUGGAAACCUGCUGGUCAACAGCAACUGUCUGCUGAAGAUCUGUGACUUCGGUCUGGCCCGUGUGGAGGAGCCCGACCCGUCGCGUCACAUGACCCAGGAGGUGGUGACUCAGUACUACAGAGCUCCGGAGGUUCUGAUGGGCUGCCGACACUACGGGUCGGCCAUCGACGUCUGGUCAGUGGGCUGCAUCUUCGCCGAGCUGCUGGGACGACGAAUCCUCUUCCAGGCUCAGAGCCCCAUCCAGCAGCUGGAUCUGAUCACAGAUCUGCUCGGGACGCCUCCUCUGUCGGCUCUGGCUUCGGCCUGUGAAGGAGCUCGAGCUCAUAUCCUGAGAGGACCUCACAAACCGCCGUCGCUGUCGGUUCUCUACAUGUUGUCUGAUGGAGCCACACAUGAAGCUGUUCACCUGCUCUGUAGGAUGCUCGUCUUUGAUCCGGCUAAAAGGAUCUCCGGCAGCGACGCCCUGUCCCACCCCUACCUGGACGAAGGUCGUCUCCGUUAUCACACCUGCAUGUGUCAGUGCUGCUACUCGGUUCCCAGCGGACGAGUUUACACCCGAGACUUCGAGCCGGUGGCCGAGCGUCCGUUCAGCCACAGCUACGAGAACAGUCUGCUGUCUGUGUGGCAGGGAAAAGAGUUGAUCCAUCGCUUCAUCACGGAGCACCAGCAGGGAAAACGAGUGCCGCUGUGCAUCAACCCUCAGAGUGCUGCCUUCAAGACCUUCAUCAGGUCGACUGCUUGGCACUCGUCUAAAGUGUCCAGGAAGGAGGAGAGAUGAACGACAGCAGCUCGACGAAGGAUUUAAAUCGGCCGCAGCGUCAGAAAAAUGCCGAAGAGUUUGGGUCUUCUCUCUGUUUUUGUUUUCGUGAAAAAAUAUCCCCUCCUCCCAUCCCACAAAAAUAACUUUCCUCGACCCGAACCCCACCGAUGCUCGAGGCCAUUUUCGGUGCUGAUUUACAUUUUAAAAAACCACAAAAAAAUGCUGCUGAAGUGCUCGAGGAGGAAACGGACCGUUUGUAGAGACUUUCCUGAUGGUUUUAACUGUUUGGUAGAUUUAGUUGGUUUUUGAAGUCAUUCCAGCUCGGUGCGACGCGCUUCAGUUUGACACUCAGCAGGACGUCAUCGCCGCCAAAACCACCACCUUUUAACGCCAAACGCCGCCAAGGUUUCCUCCCUUUUUUUUUUUUGACAUUUGAACACAUCACUCACUGUGUUUUUAGUCGCUCCACACGGCGACAUUAAUGCAAUUUAGCAGAUGUAGCAGGUUUUCCAGGAGUUUCUGCGUGUACAGUUUGUUUUCUCCAUUAACGGAUUAAUCAGGAAUUCAUCCCGUUUCUACUGUCAGUGUUUUAGAAAAAAAAAUGUUUCUGCUCUUAGAAAUAUGCCAAAACUGUUUGGCGGCUUCUUCUUCUUUCCUUCGAACUCGCCUCAGAAGUGUUUUCAUUUUCCUCCAGGAAGCAGCGACGACGUGUUUUUUUUUUUUCUUUUUUUCUUUUUAAAUCUCUUAAUUUAUUGUGUGUCUGUUGAAGAGCGAGUGUCUCCACCUUUUGUGUCUCUUUUACCUCAAACUCCCGAAGAAGAAACAGAAACUGGAGGGUUGAAAUGUGCAUAUCUACGAACUGUCUCUGACGUCAUUCCUCCCGUUACCUCGCUCCUCGGCUCUGAAUCACAGCAAGAAGGAUGAAAUGCUGCUGCUUCUGUUUGAACUCUGGACUGUGAUGAGGACGCUCCAGAAGCUGCUUUUUUCCAACAAACGUUACAGGAAACUCCAUUUACCAAAAGCUACCAGGACUUAAAGCUGCAGGAACCAGAGUCUAAAUUAAGUUCUGAGGAGAUUCUGGAAACUAUUUUACCCACAAACCAUCCUGAUCAGAGCUUCUACCAUCUGAACAUCUCAGCCUCAUUUGUAAAAUCAGUUUAUAUACUUAACUAUUUUUUGAAUCUGUUCUGCCGCCACGUUUCCAACAUCUGGAGGUUGUGAACCACUCAACACUUAAAGUACUGAUGAGUAAUAUGUAUUGGUGGAUCAAACAUCAGCAGCUUCACAACCUCCAGAAGUUUAAGUUUUAAAAUAAAUUUUUGCUCAUUGCUCUGAAAGCUGUAAACAGUUAAUGCAGCAUUUAAUGAAAGCUGAAAAUAAUGAUUAUUUGUAUCGCCAAAUUAUUCAUCCAUCAGCUGUUUGUUUCUAAGGUAUCAGAAAAUGAUGAAAAUAGUUUCCUCAAAUCCCAAAGAUCUUCACUUUACUGUCAUAGAGGAGGAAAGAAACCAGAAAAUGUUCCAAGUUUAAGAAGAUGCAAUCACAGAAUUUGUUGUUUUUCCUAAAAAUGUACUCAAACUGACCUGAUUAUCAAACCGCUUGGCGAUUAAUUUAUUAAUUGUUGCAGGUUGUUGGUUCAUUCUUUCCCUCAAAAACAACAAAAAAAAAAAACUCCAACUGAACGUCGCAUAACAACCCAUGAGACAGAAAUUGAUCCUGAUUGUAAAAUCUGCUGGAUAUUGGGGCUAAAAAUCUAAAUUGGAGAUUUUAUGAAUGGAGUUUGGUUUGAUCAAGGUUAUUGACUGUUUUUCCCUAAAAGGUUUCGUUUCAUGAAAAAAAAAUCUGCUGGAGGCGACCAAAUCGGAGCUAAAAAUCUGGAUUCAUUCUCUGUCUGGGUUUAAAUCCGAGCGCUUUUUUUGGUGAAGGUUCAUUUUAGCACUGUUGAAUAAUCAAGUAGUUUUUGAUCAAAAUAUGGUGAAAAAUGUCCCCAAAUGUCCAAAGAUCUUCAGUUUACUGUCGCAGAGGAAGAAAUAAAAUGAAAAAAAAUUACAUUUAAGAAGCUGAAAUCACAGAAUUUAGAUGGUUUUUACCUAAAAAAUGACUCAAACUGAUCCAAUUAUCAGACCAGCUGGCGAUCAGUUUAAUCGAUUAAUCGUUCCUCAUUGGCUCCUUCAGUUUCAGACGUUUGGCCCCUUUUUUCGACCCUUUCCGAACCUCAGGAACUCUUCAGUCCGGAUCAGUGUGUUUGUUUUCUGUGACUCUCUGGAGGAACCUUCGGCUCCCGGUUCACGUUUCUUGGGAGAAUUUGUCGGCGGCUCCCGAGCAUCCUCGUCGGAGCUUUUUUGGGAACCUGAAACCUCAGCUGGUCUCCGUGGCAACACCGAGGCGACUUGUAUAUCUGCAUGUGUAUAUUUAUUCCCCGUGGAGAAGCAUUAGGGUUUGAAUGCUGUGCAAUGGUUGUCGACAAAAAAACGUACAUUUUGUGCUCCUUUUAUUUAAUUCAUCUUAGGAAGUGAUUUUAUUAGGAGUUCUGUUCUUUAUUUUUCUGUUCUUCUGUUGUGAAUUAGACUUUUUAUGGAGUUCGGAGGCGUUUUGACAACUGUUCCCUGAAAAUAUUAAAGCCUUCUGGUGGUUUAAAGCAGCAGCGUUUCAAAACGGCUGCUUGUUCCUCAAAUCUGCUCCUUUGCAUUAAAUUCAUGUAUUUGAAACUCAGUGAUUUUCACCCAAUAAGCUUCAUAUUUUUGCUCUGAAACGUGAUUGUUGAGUGACGUUUGUCUUCAUUUUUCUGCUUUGCAAGUGCUCAAGACGUGAAUUAGGACCUUAAAAAAUGAUUGCAUUCAUUUUUUGUUAUUUUAAAUCUCGUAAAAAUGACAUUUAUGUGCUGCUCAUCUGUGUUUAUAUUUAAGUUUCUCCUCCUGAAAUGCUGACUUUUGGUGUUUCUGGUAAAUUUUGGACUCUGACUCUCUCUCUUUGAAACAUUUUCUGUGUAAAAUAUGUGAAAUUUCCUCAUAAUAUACUAAACAUUACCUGAUAUUUUCUGCAAAAAAUGUAAACUGUUUGUCGCACUUAAGUUUUCCAAAGAAAUAAUAACAAAUGAAACAUUAAAAGUAAAAAAACGAUUCAUAAACAGGACAAACAACUUUAAAAUCAGGAUUCUGAAUAGUUUCAGUUACAAAAUGACACAAACUUGUGAGGAAAAUUCUAACUUUUCUGAACAAAUUCAGUUUUUAAAAGCCUCAAAAAUUCAGUUUCAGUUCUGUCUGAUUAAAAUUCCAUCCAGAGGUUCAUAAAUAAUCCUAAUUUUCUGCAUUUAUUUAUUUCAUUUUUGGAAUAAAUCAAACCAAAGAUGCUCAGUCCAAAACAGCACCAACGUUUAUUGGAAAAGAAACUGAGAAUAGUUCUAUUUUUGUCAAUAAUUGAGUCGUGAAAGUCACGUUUUCUUAAAAGAUUUUGAAUUGGAACGUUUCGACAUAAAUCAGCUUGUUUGAAGACUUUUUCCAUUCAGCAGCACCAGCUUUCAGAGGUUUUAUUGUCUUUAGCAGGAAAAGCUUAAACUGGACUUUUUGUCUGGACUGUUUAAAGAAAAUGCAGAGGAAUUCAUUGAUGUUGGUUUGGAGUAAACAUUAAGUAAUUUGGAUUGAAUCAGUUUAAAACUAAAAAUGUGAAAUUGGAAAGCUGCUGUUGAGCAUUUUGACCAACUAAUCCACCAGUUAAACCUUUUAUUUUGUGUUUACAGGAUACAGAUUCCAAAUUAAAUUGUGUUUUAAUUGAGGGUUUUGGAAGCAGAAUGGUCUAACCUACAAAAAAAUCUGAGUUUUAUGUCAUUUCUUUCAUAUCUUACGGUCUAGAUUUUAGUGGCCAACCUACAACCCAAACACAGCGUUACAGUGAGAGUUAAACCAUUCUUCAUAACACAAAUCUUUAAACCUAUUUUUCUCAAAAUCUACAGAAAGUGGGUCAGACCACUCUGCUUCCAAACCCUUCAGACUGAAAACAAAUCACGUCCAGCAGGUUAAUCGGACUAAAACUAAACCAGGAUUUACACUGAAAUGUUGUCAGCAGCUUCCUGAAUAUUUCCCAUCUUUAAAGAUAAUUUGUCUUCAGAACAUGUUUCCUGUUGCACAUUAGUGGCACAUAAAUGACAUUUUUACAAGACGAUGUUGCUUGAAAAAACAUUUAUUUUGCCCCUAAUCCCACAAACAUCCAGUUGACAGUGACACUGAAAGCUGUAAAUGUACGCUUAGUUUGCAACAACACAUUAAUCUGCAUAAAAUUAGGUGCUAAAUUAGCUAAAAAUGCAUGAAUUUGGUGCAGAAAUGAGCGAUUUGAGGCUGAGGUUUGGGUUUUAGGGAGCAGCUGACGCAGAGUUCUUCCUCCGACUCGUCCUCCUUUCCUGUCGUUGUGUUUAGUGGAUCCUUCCAGGUUAGCUUCAACUAGACGACCUGAGUUUGGUCUUUUUCCUCCGAUCUCCGCUCUCAGAUCAGCCGCCGUGCUGCGUUCAGGAGCAGAGAGUUAGACUUCUACAGAAAGAAACUUGAUGUGUUAAUUAUUCUAAAUAUGAUGUUUUAAACUGAUGUUUUCUGUCUUUGUUUUAGCAAAAAGUUUUGGGGUUUUUUUGUGUUUUAUUUCUUGUUUUAAUUUUUUUUCUUUUUGACUUGUGUUCCCAACAAAUACUUGAAUUUCUUAAAAAAAUGUUUAGAGUUAAAGUAGUGAAUGACAAAUAAAUAAAUAAAUGGACACUGGAUAAUAUUC